GGAAACUUGGUAGUGUCGGAAUUUCCGGUGAUGUCAGAACGACAGGCCUCCAUUCGAGCUGCAGCUGUUUGGAGACAAACAACAACCGAAACGGGGCCGAGAGACGGAGCGGCCAACGGUGACAGUCCGCUCCGAGCUCGAACAGCGAGGCCUCGAAUCUGGACGUCGAACCUACUUUUCCCACCCGGAGCACCGCCGGCUUCUAACCACGGCCGCUCUCGGUGAGGAAACUCUGGCCUCCGCUUCCUCCUCCUCCGACUCGGACACCGGCGGAGCGUCGCCGCCCCCGCGGAAAAAGCACCGAGCCUCGGCGGCGGAGGGAGCAGGAGAGCCCGGGGCUUCAGCGGUUGUGCCAGGCCUUGCCGGAGUUGUCUUGGGACUCGGAGCCACAUCGACCAUCCACUUUAACCGCACCGCCGUCGGCCACCUGAACAGCAGCAGCAGCAGCAUGCAGGCGAACGGAGCGGGACAAGAAACAACCGAGGUUUCCUGCCUGAGCGCCGCGCACAACGGCGAGUCGUCGUCGGCUGGAGACUGCGGCGGUGGGGCGGCGCACUCCAACGGGCUUCUUCUCUCUGUCGCGGACAACGGCGUAGGCACCAGCAACGGAUCCUCGUCGUCCACCUCCGCCGCUGGUGGGACUUCUGCCGCGGCCUCGGACGUGGGCUUGCUGAAGAAGAAGAAACGUUUGUCGCAGGCGGAGGAAGAUGUCAUUCGACUCAUAGGGCAACAUCUCCACGGACUGGGGCUUAAUCAGACGGUGGACCUGCUGAUGCAGGAGUCGGGCUGCAAACUGGAGCACUCGUCAGCGAGCAAGUUCCGCAACCAUGUCAUGGAGGGCGAGUGGGACAAGGCUGAGAAUGAUCUCAACGAACUGAGAGCACUGAUGCAUUCUCCCAACGCUAUUGUGCGGAUGAAGUUCUUGCUGCUGCAACAGAAGUAUUUAGAGUACCUAGAAGAUGGAAAAGUCCUGGAGGCUCUGCAGGUGCUCCGCGGGGAGCUGACACCGCUGAAGUACAACACGGACCGCAUCCACGUACUCAGCGGGUAUCUAAUGUGCAGCCAUGCCGAGGAUCUAAGGGCCAAGGCGGAGUGGGAGGGCAAAGGCACGGCUUCCCGCUGCCGACUGCUGGACAAAUUACAAACGUACCUUCCACCGUCCGUGAUGCUGCCCCCUCGGCGGCUGCAGAACCUGCUCCGGCAAGCGGUGGAAUUACAGAGGGACCGCUGCCUUUAUCACAACACCAAGGUGGACAGCAGCCUGGACUCAGUGUCGUUGCUCAUCGAUCACGUCUGCAGCAGGAAGCAAUUCCCAUGUUACACGCAGCAGAUUCUGACAGAGCACUUUAAUGAAGUGUGGUUCUGCAAGUUCUCAAACGACGGCACCAAGCUGGCCACUGGCUCCAAAGACACCACAGUCAUCAUUUGGCAGGUGGACCCGGAGAGCCACCAGCUAAAACUUCUACGAACUCUGGAGGGUCACGCAUACGGGGUUUCCUACCUUGCCUGGAGCCCUGACGACACCUACUUGAUCGCCUGCGGACCCGACGAUUGCUCUGACCUGUGGCUCUGGAAUGUUCAGACGGGCGAGAUACGAACAAAGAUGUCGCAGUCCCACGAGGACAGUUUGACCAGCGUGGCCUGGAACCCUGACGGAAAACGCUUUGUCACCGGAGGCCAGAGGGGGCAGUUCUACCAAUGUGAUCUGGACGGCAACCUGUUGGACUCUUGGGAGGGCGUGAGAGUGCAGUGCCUGUGGUGCCUGAGUGAUGGAAGGACAGUUCUGGCCUCAGACACCCACCAACGUAUUCGGGGAUACAAUUUUGAGGACCUCGCUGACAGAAACAUAGUCCAAGAAGACCACCCUAUAAUGUCUUUUACUGUUUCCAAGAACGGAAGAUUAGCUGUGUUAAAUGUAGCAACUCAGGGAGUGCACUUGUGGGACCUACAGGACCGAGUGCUGGUCAGGAAAUACCAAGGUGUCACCCAGGGCUUCUACACCAUCCACUCCUGCUUCGGAGGACACAAUGAAGACUUUAUUGCCAGCGGCAGCGAAGACCACAAAGUGUACAUUUGGCACCGGCGGGGCGAGCUUCCCAUCGCUGAGCUGACGGGCCACACGCGCACCGUAAACUGCGUGAGCUGGAACCCGACCAUCCUGGGACUCAUGGCGUCCGCCUCGGACGACGGCACAGUGCGCAUCUGGGGGCCAGCGCCCUUUCUCGACCCGCAAGAGGCGGACGGACUCAACGAGAACUGCAGUAACAUGGACAGUUGAUGGACACUUCUCUUGCAAGAACCCACCAAUAUAAAAGUAAAAAUCCAAUUGCUACACCGACCCAAAAAGUACGCUGAGGCAAAAAAAAAAUAAUUUUAAAAGUGAAAGCCACCAAGACAAAAAUGAGAGAGCAAGACUGAACUGGGACGCAGAAACGUCUCGACAGACCUUGAUGGUGGACAAUUUGGUGUCCUCAUCUAAAAAAAUAAAAUGAGAUCCUGAAACCCCCCCCCCUCUAACCCAGUCCAACGAGGAUCCAACCACCAACCAACGGGUGAGCAUCACCCCCCACCCCACCCCACCAUUCCACCAGAGCCCCUUGCAGUUCAGCUGUUGUGAUUGGAUGACAUUUCUCCAUUUUGUCUCUUGUCUGCCAGUCUCCAUUGAAAAGAAUGAUGGAGGGACAACUUUCUGUAAUGUACACUACUACUACUACUCACAAAAAAGUUUGAAUGUUGGGCAUAUUUUCAAAAACGUAGGAACUUUUGGCUGAGUUCAAUAUAAACUUUAAAUGCACUAUAACCAAUACAGAUCAAGUUAAUAUGGGUUUCCAUUGGCUGAUUUUUCUUUUUCACUUAUUUUAAGGACAAAAUGUUCUCGGUGAUUAAAAAUCUGCCAGUGGAAUUAGAAUAGAACUAGUACUUCAUAAGCUUCUUAAAAAAGAUCUCGUUUCUUGAAACAAGUCUUUUUCUUUGUCUUAAAAUUUUGAAAAAAUAGCAACUGUCUUAAAAUAAGUACAGUAAGGUGUUUUCAAUAGUAAUAAUUAAUUCACCAGGUAUUUCUGUUUUUGCUGUGGUGCACUUCCGUUCAUUUCAAGAUGAUCUCCGAUACGAGUGUUUCUCCCCCCCCCCCCCCCCCCCCCAAGAUUCAAGUUUGCUCGCAGAACAAAAUUUAACUCCUAUCAAGGCACCACUAUCCCAUUUUGGGUUCCUUUUGAAAAUUCACCCGAAAGCCCAAUAUUCCAAACUUUUUGCGAGUAGUGUUAUCUUCCGCCUACAACUCAGCCACACGCACACAAACGUUCAUGGGGAAAAAAAAAAAUAUUUUUUGAAACGACAGCCCGAGAUUAAUUUCAAUCGUACUUUUUCCUCUGACAAAACAAGCGAGAACGGUCGUCUCCGCGCCCUCGCUCGUCGCACCUCCACCCUUUCAUGACCUUCGCUGCUGCACAAUAGCAUCUACCUAACCAAGGGGGAUUAUUGCAUAUCAGUGUGUGUGUUUGUGUGUGUGUGUGUACGCGCGCAUGGGACGAGGAGCGGCUUCAUUUUCUAGACGUAUACUGUGACGGCUGCCAAAAGUAAACAAACACGAUUCCCAUUGCACAUUGCUGUCUCUCCUCUGUUGUCGUGUGCAAGUGUGUGUGCAUGUGUGUGUAGGGAAAGCCAUUUGAGCAUCUAUGACAUAACCUUGAUUUCCAUCUUAAGGGAUCUUAAGAUGGCAUCUUACUAGUACAUUCUUUUUCUCCACUAAUAAGACAUCUCUGCGGGAUAUUAGUAGGUCAACUGUGUCAUACUAGUAGUGUUAUUUCUCCAUUACAAUGUGCUAAAUUAACACACUAGUAGCCUCCUGGGCCCUACUAGUGACACCAAAAUGCCCAUUUGUAGUUUUGCCUUGGUAGUAACAUAAUUAUACUAUAGUUGUACAACUAGUAAAGUUUUCCUACUCAUGUGUAGAUGUGUCAUGCAGUAGUAGAACCAUUUAGUCCACUGGUAAACCGACUGUCUCAUGAGCAACAUUGCUAGUGCCACUUGGAGCUUACUAGUGUGACCUUAUCCUGGAUAUCAAGGAUAUUUAAUUCACCUGUUAUAGCAUUUAUUUUAUGUCGUUGAUAUCCAGCUUGAUCCACUAAUAGAGCAACUGUUGUACGAGUGUUUUCCGUAAAGCGUUUUGAGCAUUUACUGUAUUGAAUAUCUUUGAUAACCAACUUAAGGCCCGAUUACUAGUAUGCACUUUGUCCUCACUCGUAGGACAAUUUUGGGAUACUAGGAGGACAACUAAAUGCUACUAGUGAGGAGAAACUGCACUAUUUGACAACUGCGUGCUACUAUUACGAGGAGUGACAAAACUUAUUAAAACCUUGGGCUGCACUCGUAGCACUAGUCACACUUUUAUGUGAACGAGUGCAGUUUUGCAUCGAUAGUCACGUAGUUGUUCGACGAGCGCGCAAAAUUGUUUUAUUAUACUCUUAGCACUCAUAAAUGAAUUCUGCAACUUAUUAGAAUGACUGGGGUGCACGUAUAGUAACUUCUUUGUCCCCCCCCCACCAUUUCCUUCCACUGUAUAACAUUUCUGCCGAGUAGUAGAACAAAUAAGGCGGACCAAUACAUCCGUGUGCUGCUACUACGGUUUGAUCUACUGGUUAACAUUCUUGGUAUAGCAACUGAGUCUUAUUUGGGUAUUUCUGCUCACAAGUAGGACAACUAUGUUACUAGUGAAGCAAACGUGCAGUACUUGACAUCUGCGUGGUACUAGUAUUAUCAGUGAAGCCCAUGAUGUUAACUGGUUGAAUUAUAAUAUGCCAUUGGUAGUGUUUGUAGCAUGCAUUUCUCAACUAGUACGCAGAUUUUCCUCGCUAAUAACGUGUACUUGUUUGACAAGUGUGCAAAAAUUUUACUAAUACCCGCUCAUUCUACUAGGAGCCCUAGUCGUUCUGUCGUGCUUACUAGUGAGGGGAAAAAAAAACGUGUCCAAGACCUUAGAGUGGAAAUGAAGGAUGUUGAAUAAAUGUUAACAAUGGCUUUCCAUGUGUGUGCGUGACUGUGUUCAAUUGACACCAGCAGAAGAUUUCGACCCCAUCCAGGCUCCCUUAAUCCCCGUCGUAAAAUUGUCAAAGAUGAUUACGAAAAAAAUCAUUCUAAGUUAUCCAAAGCCAUUGGGACCUCUAUCUGUGGAACAAAAGAAUACUUGAUAGCCAUUUUGUAUUUUUUUUUUUUUUAAUAUGGGAUUAUUAUUUUUUACACUAACGCCAUGUGGCAUUGGAACUGCACUGUGUUCAGCAGAGUUAAAAGAAAAGCCCACUUUUUUUUUUUUUAAUAAUCAGUUAAGGAUUGUACUUAUUGAAAGACCCAACGACACAAUAGUUUGCAGUCGCUGGACUUAAAACAUCCACAAAACUGCUUUCCUGUUUGUAUAGCCGCGCAGACACGCACACAUACUCACAUAAGACAAAACUUCCCCUUUUCUCAUUAAUUUGCGGUCACGUCGGAGAGGUUGUCAUGGUGACGGCUGUUUAAAUUUGAGCCCCCUGCCAAUUCCUCUGACUGACUUUUUUUUUUUUUUUUUUUUUUUGCAAAUUGGGCUCGGCCAACUUUUCGGUGGUCAGAGUCCGUUCAAAAGCUUUCUCCCCUGCCCCCUUUUUCAAGGUUUGCGAUGAUGGAUUUGCCACAGACUGGGAUACAGUUUAAAAAAGACAAAAAAAAACCUGCUUUCUUGUCUUGCUUUUAUUGAAUAUUUUGUUUAGUCCCCCCCCCCCCUUCCAGCAUAUUAUAUUAACUUCCCCCUUGUAAGAUCAUAUUAAACUAUAACCAUAUAUUUGGA